AGAUAUUGAAAAGUACAAUGAUUUAAUACCAUAAGAAAAGCCUGAUAAUGCCAAAAGCACCUCCAAGAAGACCUGCCCAUAGGGAUGCCAGAGAUGCGUCUGUUGCUCUGUCUGGUAGUAUCCACAAGGUCAGAAAGAGAAUAAGAGAUAUAGAGAGAUUAUUGAAGAGAGAAUCGAUUCCUGCUGAUAUCAGAGUUGACAAAGAAAGAGAAUUGAAAGCAUUGAAUGUGACUCUCGAUGACGCUGCACAUGACCAGAAAAUAAAGAAGAUAGCUAAGAAGUACCAUAUGGUUCGGUUUUUCGAAAGAAAGAAGGCAAUUAGAAAACUAAAACAGGCUGUUAAACAGUAUGAUUCUGCCGUUGAAACAGAAGUUAAGAAAGAUAUUAAGAAGGCAAGAAAAGUGGUUAAACAUUGUCAAGUAGAUGUUGCCUAUGUGGUUUUAUUUCCUAAGGAUGAAAAAUAUAUAUCGUUGUAUCCAAAUUCCGAACCUCAAGAUAUAUCGAAUCCAAAAGUUAAAAAGGGUAUUCAACAAGCCGAGGAGAGAUCAAGAAGCUUCAAGAAGUAUGUUGAAUCUUUAAUCGAUCAAGAGAAAUUGCCCUUCUCUCUUGAUGAUGCAGUUGCAGGAAAGACUAUCUACGUCGAUGAAAAGAGAAAUUUCGAAAAUCAAAGAGAGAUUGAUGCUCCUGAACAUGCACAAGAUGAAAAUGAAGAAGAUGAUUUCUUCGAAUGAUUCAAUUCUUAUAUAUUGUAUAUUAGUUCCCAUUUAUAUAAAUAGCAUUAUUCUAAAUCACUCUUGCAAAAGAGUAUGUUUCAUUGAAUACUUUAUAUCUAAAGCAUCAUUGAUACAUAAUAUUGUAACAUCCAUUCCUUCCAUGUCUUCUGGUAUUUCUAAUACACAUGAAACUUUACCCUUCUUUCCCAUCAACUUAGGAGAGGCUCUUUUAACAAGCAAAAGUUCAUCUUUUUCUUGAUUACAGAUAAUUAUGAACCAACUUUCUCUUUGGGGUUUGGGGAAAUGUGGGCAGUACAUCUUGAAGUCACGGUUCAAUGCGUGGUUAUCGUGAAG